AUGAAUCCCCAAAUCACCAACCUGGUCAUCAUCCUCGUGAUGAUGCAAGCGGCCAAGAAGAUCCCGUUUGAGGACCCGAACGUCCUCAACGGCGUGCGUGCGCUGUACAUCCUGAGCAACGUCAUCAUCUUUGGAGUGUACAUGUACACCAAGAUGCAGAUCGACAAGAAGCGCGACAUGACCGUCCUAAAAUACAUCGAGCCCGCACCCAUGGGUUCGACCGAAGAGCCCAAAGCCGUGACGACGACCGUGCACGCUUACGACAGCCAACAGCUGCGCGGAUUGUUCAAAUCGCAACUGAUGGGCAUCGGCAUGAUGGCGGUGAUGCACCUGUACUUCGCGUACACGAACCCGCUGCUGAUCCAGAGCAUCAUCCCGCUGAAGGGCGCCUUCGAGGGCAACCUGGUCAAAGUGCACCUGCUCGGCCAGCCCGCGACGGGCGACCUCGCGCGGCCGUGGAAGGCCGCGGCCGGCGGCAUGAUGGGCAUGAUGAACCCCGGCGGGGCCGGCGGCGCGGCGGAGAUCAAGACGGAUAAGAAGAGCAUCGAGAAGGCGGAGAGGAGCGGACGGGGCGGCGCGAAGGAGGAGUGA